GUGGAAACGUCCCACACCCAAGAUGGUUCAACGCCUUACAUACCGCCGCAAGGUCAACUUCAACACUAAGUCUAACAAGCAGAAGCUUGUCAAGACUCCUGGUGGAAACUUGGUCUAUCAUAAGAUUACCAAGACCGCUACUGGUCCCCGUUGUGGAGACUGCAAGGGCAAGAUCAAUGGUGUUAAGUGCCUCAGACCCUUCAAGUACUCUCAGCUGAAGCAGCGUGAACGUCACGUCUCUCGUGCCUACGGUGGCUCCAUCUGUGGCAAGUGCGUGAGGCAGCGCAUCAUCCGUGCCUUCCUCCUCGAGGAGCAGAAGCUCGUCACUGCCGCUCUCGCUGAGAAGGCCCGUAAGGCUGCUCAGAAGUCCGACAAGAAGGCUAAGGUCAGCAAGAAGUAAAAGAGUAUAAACUCCUAUUGCCAAGUUGCUGUUAUCGAUGAACCUUACUGCGUGGUGGGCGGAUAUCAUUUCCACUGGGA